ACGCGUUGCAAUAAUAUCUGUCAGAAACGGUGAUACAUUUUAUAACAACAAAUGUGGCGACAUUGUAGCAGCAUAGGUUUCAUAUUUAUAUCUAACACCUUGGUUAUAGACGAUUUGACGAUUUGACGAAGCAUUUGUCCCACUGUUUUUCCACUGUAAACUCUACAGUCAACAAACUCGCUCUCUUCCUGGUACUGUGUUCUUUCGAGCUCCAAAAGAGCAUGCGCGACUGGUUAGAUCUGCUGCAGAAUGACGUCAGCAAUUCAAAACACAGGCAAGUCCAGACACACUACCGUCUGAUCGGUCAUACGAUGUACGCUUUAAUUUAUUCUAGCCAACUGACCGAGGAUCUUUCUAUCACGUUACAUGCGAAUGAAGCCUGAAAGAGGAAACGUCAACGACUGUUUUGGCUUUUUUCGAAGGAAUAUAAUUUUGCGCGAGAUGUCCGGAUAUUGACAUUGUGGAGCUACCUGUCAAAGGAAUCUGUGAAGUGCUGGACUGUUAUAACACCGCUCGGCUCGUGUCAAUAGCUGCUCAUGACGAUGCCUCUCGAGGAUGAUCUAGCCUCAGCAGCCGCGACUGGCAACACCAAUCGUGUUAAAAUUCUAUUACAAAGUGGAGUGGACGUCAACGGUGUAAACUGCUUUGGACGGACACCUCUGCAGGUGAUGAUGAUGGGCAGUUCACCAGUGGCGCAGUUGUUACUAAUGCAAGGAGCGGAUCCUAAUAUCGCAGACCGACACACUGGGACAACGCCGUUACACGAUGCCGCCAGGAUGGGCUUUUUGGACACGGUAGAGAUCCUUGUCCAAUUCCUCGCGGAUCCGAACAGCCGGGACAAUAGGAACUGCCGGCCAAUCGAUUUGGCAAUAGAAAGUGGACAUCAUAAUGUCGUUGCGUUUCUGAAGGCUUUGUGAAAUCAAAGAUGCGUUGUAUUUAUUUGUGUGACGAUUUUAUUGUAUAGAAUACGGAUGUAUAUUCUAGACCCAUUCAUUUCUUAAAUACUUUUUUUCUCGAUAAAAAAAUGUUUUAUUUAUGCCUCUCAAAGAGUAUUGCACUUAUGCACUUAAUCAACGGUUUGUUAAUUAGGCUUAAGAUUUAUAAGUACAUGUAACAUUUGUUUUUAGUGUUAAGUUGUCAUUUUUUUGUUAUUUUAAAUAAUGUAAUAAUCACAGAUAGACUGCUUUGGCGUUGCUAUAGGAAAAGAUAUACUCUACAAUAUUGAUAAGGUGAGGAAUUUACUUUACCAAAAAUAAAAGCACACAGGUGUUGAUACCUUCAGUACACCCAUUUGAACUUUUGAUUGGAGAAAUAAUUGUUUUUUUAUCAAAUUGCAUUGGGCCUAUAUGAUGAGUUUGUAUCUUAUUUUAGAAUUUAACUCUUCUAAAAUAACGAAUUAUUAGAAACCCAAAAGUAAAAAUGUAUGUGGGGUAUGGAUUUGUGUAUUUUGAUAAUAAUCCAUAAUCGUUUAUAUUAAGACAAGUGUUAUUGGACAUUUGGAAAUGGGUCUGGACUUCCUGUAGAUAAAGCUGAUGUUUGGAUUUGGAAUAAUUCCGAGAACAUUGUUUCAUGCCCAACCUAAAGUUGGUCACUUCGAUUCUGAAUUAUUUAAGUAGACCUACCUACUUAAAUAUGUAUUAAUUUAGUCUAUAAUUAACUAUUUAUGGAGCUCAAUUUGAAAUCCAUAAGUUUCGCUAUAAUGCAUAGACAUUGAACGAAAUGUUUAACUUUUCAUCAAAAGGAAAUAUUCUAAAUAAUGGAAGGAUCUAGACCACAAUGAAUUAGCGUGUCCAUUCGUGAGUUAAGGUGUGUCCCUUCAGCUCGAUAACCAACUAUUUACUUGUUAUUUUUACAACUUAAACAUACCUUUUAUUUAGGCCUACUAUAAUGGGAACAUUCUUGUUCUGUUUAAACGAAUGUUUGGAUAGGCUGCGAGAACUAUUGUGUUUAUUUAACAUAGAUUACACCCCUCAAACUCAACUCUGGACCUCGAAGCCAGUUCCACUAAGUUUUUUAAUUGUUCCCCUCUAAUCAGGGACUGAUUUAGACCUGGGUCACAAGGUGGGUUCAAUUUAUUAUCAGGUAGAAUAGAAAACCGACAGGCUCCGGUCCUCGUAGGGUACGAGUUGAAUAUCCCUGGCCCUACACAAUAGCCCAGUUAUUUCAAAUUCAAUAUCAUUAAACGUAUUUAUAUUUCAAUGUGAAAUAAACACUCAUGAGACUGUG